UUCACGGACUCCAUCAUGGACCUGCACCGCGCGGCCUUCAAGAUGGAGAGCUCCUCCUACCUGCCCAACCCGCUGGCGUCGCCGGCGCUGAUGGUGCUGGCGUCCACGGCCGAGGCCAGCCGCGACGCCUCCAUCCCGUGCCAGCAGCCGCGCCCGUUCGGCGUGCCGGUGUCGGUGGAGAAGGACGUGCACCUGCCCUUCAACAACGGCUCGUACACCUUCGCCUCCAUGUACCACCGGCAGGGCGGCGUGCCGCCGGGCUUCCCCAACCGGGACUUCCCGCCGUCGCUGCUCCACCUGCACCACCAGUUCGCGCCGCCCAGCCUGGACUGCUCGCCCAUCAGCAUGCUCAACCACAGCGGCGUGGGCGCCUUCCGGCCCUUCGCCUCGCCGCACGAGGACCGCGACUCGGCCGCCGCCGCCGCCGCCGCCGCCGCCGGCUACCAGUCGGCCUUCACCCCGGCCAAGCGCCUCAAGGGCUGCCUGGAGGCCGACGCCUCCCCGCACCUGCGCUACUCCGACGCCGAGGGGAAAGAGUACGACUUCGGCGGCGGGCAGAUCCCCUCGGGCUCCCCCAGCGCGCUCAAGAUCGUGGAGGACGCCGGCAAGAAGAUUUUCGCCGUGUCGGGCCUGCUGUCGGACCGCGAGACCUCGUCCAGCCCCGAGGACCGCAUCGACCGCUGUAAGAAGAAGGUGUCCAUGUAUGACAGCCAGGCUCCUAUCUGCCCUAUCUGCCAAGUGCUGCUACGCCCUGGAGAGCUGCAGGAACACAUGGAGCAGGAGAUGGAGAAACUCAUACACAUCAGCAAGAACCCACCACACAAGGACAACGCCACACCGGGCACGCCCAAGUCCCUCCUAUUGUCCGUGCACAUCAAACGCGAGGGGGAGUCUCCUGUCGUGUCCCCACUCUCAUCGGACGACGCUCACCACUCCGACAGAUACCAGACAUUUUUACGGGUUCGGGCUAACAGACAAACACGAUUGAAUGCGCGGAUCGGGAAGAUGAAGCGCCGGAAGCCUGAGGAUGGACAGGUAUGUCCGCUGUGCAGCGCCCCGCUGGCAGGGACCGAGGAGGAGAUGAGUAGGCAUGUGGAGCAGUGUCUGUUUAAGAGGGAAGGGGUGUGCGGCCCUGAGGACGACUCCGCCGACGCCGACGGAGAGAACGGAACCCGCUUCGAGGAGUACGAGUGGUGCGGCCAGAAGAGGGUCCGAGCCACCACCCUGCUGGAGGGCGGCUUCCGAGGAACAGGCUUUGCCGUGUGUAGCACAAAGGAGAGCCACGACAGCGACGCCGACCUGGACGUGGACGGUGACGACACACUGGAGUACGGCAAAGCGCAGUACACAGAGGCAGACAUCAUUCCGUGCUCUGGAGAGGACCAAGGAGACACCAAAGAGCGGGAGGCGCUGCGCGGCGCCGUGUUGAACGGUGGAAUGCCCUCCAACAGAAUAACGCCCGAGUUCUCCAAAUGGGCCAGCGACGAAAUGCCCUCCACCAGUAACGGCGAGAGCAGCAAGCAGGACCUCAGCUCCCCGUCCACAUCCUCCGCACCCAGGACCUGCAAAAACAGCGAGAUCGAGAAGAUCACGGAGGACUCGACGGCCACCACACUGGAAGCCCUGAAGGCUCGCAUCCGGGAGCUGGAGAAGCAGAUCCUCAGGGGCGACCGCUACAAGUGUCUCAUCUGCAUGGAUUCCUACACCAUGCCGCUCACCUCCAUCCAGUGCUGGCACGUUCACUGUGAGGAAUGCUGGCUUAGGACUCUGGGAAACAAGAAACUCUGCCCACAAUGCAACACCAUCACGUCGCCAGGGGAUCUCCGGAGGGUCUACUUGUGAAGGGACGCGGCUAGCGACUGGAUGCUAACUCUUCUCUUCACCCCUUCUCCACCCCACCCCUAAUUUCCAGUACUCUCAGUGUAUUUUUUGUUUUGUUUUGUUUUGUUUUAUUUGUCAUUUGUUUUCGUUCUUCGAGAAGGCCCUGGAGGCGUCCCCUAAUUUCUCCAGAUGUGAGAGACAGACAUUUGCCUGGGGAAAGAACUCGAAAGGGGACGACCGAUGAACCAGGCUACGGAACAGACUCUCCUAGGGUCCAUUUUGCGACACAGCGGCCCAUCCUGAGCGGGUCUGCUCUUCAGAAUGAGCGAGCUGCCCCCUGGUGGUGGCAUGUGGUAGCGCGCCUGGUACUUCCUGCUCCGCCCUCCACCCUGCUCCCCUCCUCGUCCCUCCCUCUCCGCCAAGCUGCGUCACUAGGCCGUCCCAGACCCCCACCACCCCGCCCCACCCCCCUCGGUGGAAGAGACGCCUUUGCUCCCAGCGACGCCUCUUCUCCUGCUGCGAUGUCCAGCCCUCACCUCACCUCACCUCCUCUCCUCACGCCGCGCCACGGCCGCCGGACCACUGAACAAUUACAGGGAAACUAAGGGGGGGAACAAACGAACACGUUUAGAAAAAAAAAAAGAAAAAAAAGAGAGAGAGAAAUGUCAACUUCUGAGCUUUGAAACCAAAAUGGACGACUGCUAACCUCCUCUUGUGGGACUCUACAUAUCUCUCUCUCUCUCUCUCUCUCUCUCUCUCUCUCUGUUGAUUUACUUCCUCCUCCUCCCAGCAUUUCUUCUUUUGUGGUGUUCUAGUGAAGUCAACCAAAACCCAAUGAAUCUGUGCAAGCACAUGUAAAAUAGUCUAUGUAUGUUUACAGUGUUGUGAGUAAAUGACAUAGAGAGCGCUUGUAUACACACAUGGACAAACUGACUCAUACAUGCACACACAUGCGCACACACACUGUAAAACAUAUACAUAUGCAUACAUACACACACACACACACACACCUACACACCUACAGUACAUACCUACAUGCAAACAUUCAUGAACCCCAACACAGAGGUAUAUAUUAAUAAGGUCCAGUUUUAGUUUGGGUACGGGUGGGAUAUGGGUAAGUUUGGGGCUAUGUUGAAAUCUCUGGGGUAAAAAAAAAAGAAAACUGAAAAACCCUCUGUAUUUUUAAACAGAUGUUGUUGUCUUGAGGUUGAAGUUGUAUUUCAUUGUACAGGAAGAAAUUUAAGUAAUAAUAAUAAUAAUAAACUACUCACUAGGAAUUAAAAA